UAUAGUAAGCAUGCAUAACGCAUCCUAUUAACUUUAAAAGUUACCUACGUACCUAGGUGGUAAAAAGUUUGGAGUAAAAAAAAAAUAGUCAACACCACCCCAAGUAUAAGUAUAUAAAAAAUAUAUUCACCAGUGCAUUUGCACUCACCUUUGUACCAAACGAAGAAUUUUUCCGGUUUUCCCCUUCCUGAGGAGAGCCAGUUGUGUGCAAGAGCGUUGUGUUGUACCUAUAACAUAUCGUAUUGUGAAUUGUGAGGUGAGGUGCGUGUAACGCGAGCGAAGAAGCGGCCAGCAGCCCGAAGGAAGAAGACCCAGCAACGAUGGCAUCAUCGCUAUGCAGACGAGCGAUUUUCCAGGUGUCGAGGCGCCCGUUUUACAUGUCCGCCUGUCAGGCAACAAAAGGAGAUGGUGGGUUCGCCGAUCCACUGGAUCAUGCCACUGGUCUCGAAAAGGCUGAGCUGCUAGCCCACUUGGCUGGCAACGACGAUCCUUUUGACACAAAAGUGAUGAAACGAGGACCGGGCACCAAAGAUAAACCCAACCUAGUCGGUAGUUACUUCAAAAGCCGUUUGGUCGGCUGCGUUUGCGAGGAGGAUCAGAUGCACAUUAACUGGAUGUGGUUGCACAAGGGUCAGCCCAGACGCUGCGAGUGUGGCCAUUGGUUCAAACUUGUCGAACGAGCACCUUUUCCCGCUGAAUAAAUUUUCAAUUAGAUUUCUAGUUGAUUGUUUGUGACCAUCUUGUUUAGAAUAAAAACGCGUUAUUAGAGAAAAACGAAAAAAAAAAAACAAUCAAGCCUUAGGGUGGCAAAUUAUUUUACAUUCGUAAACAUUCAAUAAGCACAGUACACUUGUAAUUAAAAGAUAUUGAAAACAACAGCGAAAGUGAGAAUAACAACUGUCCUCCCUAAAAGUUAAGUUCUAUUGCUAUGCAAAUAAAUAUCGUUAAAACAUUA